ACGGCACGUUCGAAUUUAAUGGCAGGCUGCCAAUACAAAAAUGCAGUGCCGGAUGCCGUUCUGCCGUACACCACCCAUUUUCUAUCUUCAUCGUCGAGAAUAUUUACGCCAACCCAAGUCAGCAGAACAUUCGACGACAUAUCACCAUGCUCAACCAUCGCCUUGUAGCGCUGCUCGUGGCCGUUCUGCCAUGCACCUCCUACUCGAUGCCCACGACCAAUUGGGCGUUCGCUCUGUCGGUCAUGAGAUGGAAGUCACCGGACUGCGGAGAAGCACUGUCAAUGGAAGGUCCCACGGGUGGCGUUCACAUUAAGCAAGGCGACUGCCACACUUGGGAUGAUGGAAAGAACUUUCCUUCACUCACCUACUCCUGGGAAAAUAACACUCGCUUCCAGGAGUUGCGAAGCGACAGAACUUGCGCGGUGCUGGUCUACGAGAAGGACGAAUGCUAUGGUCACUUGCUGGCGGUGAACGACCACGUCAACACUUGGAAGUCUCUCGGCAACUGUUGGCAUUGGGAGGGGAUUCCCGGCAGGAGUAUCAAGCUAAAGUGCAGAAAGACGGGAACUGAUCCGCACUGGGGGCCCGAGACACACUGGGAUCACGCAGAGUCGGAGAAUAAGCACGAAGACGAGCUUGAUGUGCACGGGAACCCUGUCGAUCCAUAUCACAAGGCGGCAUAA